AUACUCCUUUAAGACCAUCGGGCACAAUCCAGAAACUCCUGCACUUGCCAGUGGAGCACACAGAACUGCCUGUUCCCUGAACUUCUGUUGGAACAGACCGCAAUAGCCCCUUGGAGGAAUAUUACGUGUUAUAUUCAACUUAAGAUCUAUCGACAACAUCUGUGGCGUACCAGAAAAUAAUUUCAGUUGAAGUCUAUGGGGCAAGAGGGAUUAGGCUUUUUGAGGUGUGACUACUUUUCUUGGGAGAUAAACUCUUGGUUCUGCAUUUCUGCUAUUCUAACUUAGGAUACCAAUCAAAAGCAACCAGGAAUAAUUAUUUUAUAAUUUUAAGCUGGUAAUGACAUUAAUUGAAAGAUUGUAAAUAAUUUUGCCCAUUCAGGGCUGGAGAUUCUGUCACACUGUUUCAAAGUUUGAUCGCUGCGUAUUUUAAAGGUUUAUUUGUGAUGUUGCACACUUGCCCCAUAGGCUCUCAUUGUAAGUGCAUUAUUGAGUUGUAAAUUACAAGUCAAUUAUUUUCUGUAGGAAUUGACAGGAUGCCACAGAUGCUGUUUUAUAGAGCUUAACUUGAGUUGAACCCAGUUUGUUACUUAUUAAACUGUCCACUUCUGUUCAUGAAUAUGCAAAUCAGGCAGAUGGGUUUGUUUGUGACUCGUGGGUGAUUUGGUUCACUGCUCGCACAAGCGAAUUCAUCAGAUGAGAUCUUUGACAGUCACUUAUUCACCAGAAGUUGUUCGUGUGAGGUGUCAGUUCCACUGCAGUUAAUUGAAAGUGUAGAAUGUCGGGACAUUUUCCAACUGUACAUCACCUGCAAAGACUGCAAAGUCGUCAGGUGUCAGUUUUCCUCAUUUGAGCAGUGUCAGGAGUGGUUGAAGAGACUAAGUGCUGUGGUCCGUCCUCCGUCUCAGAUAGAGGAGCUCUUCUCCUUUGCUUUUCAUGCAUGGUGUGUGGACCUUUAUAUGGGAGAGAAGGAACAGCAUGGAGAUUUGUGCAGGCCAGGUGAACACGUGGUCUCACGUUUCCAUAACGAGGUGGAACGGAUGGGUUUUGACACUCAGAACGCCUGGAGAGUCACUGAAAUCAACAACAAGUACAAGCUGUGUUCCAGCUACCCUCAGCUGCUGCUGGUGCCAGCAUGGAUUACUGAUAAGGAGCUGGAGAAUGUUGCGGCCUUCCGUUCCUGGAAGAGGUUUCCGACAGUGGUUUACAGGCACCAGAGCACAGGGGCCGUGAUCGCUCGCUGUGGUCAGCCUGAGGUCAGCUGGUGGGGCUGGAGGAAUGCUGACGAUGAGCACCUGGUGCAGUCCAUCGCCAGAGCCUGUGCUGUGGACAGCAACUCCUGUAAAGGCGUCUCCAACUGCUCGCUCUCCCAGGAGUACACUAACGGAGCUGACCUCUCUGAUGCCGACUUUGACUCAUCCAUGACUAACAGCUCAGAGGUUGAGUCAAUGGCCAUCCAACCUCGUAAACUUCUGAUUUUAGACGCCAGAUCUUAUGCUGCUGCCGUGGCCAACAGAGCCAAAGGAGGAGGCUGCGAAUGCCCAGAGUACUACCCUAACUGUGAGGUUGUGUUCAUGGGCAUGGCCAACAUCCAUUCCAUCCGCAAGAGUUUCCAGUCUCUACGCUUCCUCUGCACGCAGAUGCCUGAUCCAGCCAACUGGCUGUCUGCUCUGGAGAGUACCAAGUGGCUGCAGCAUCUGUCCCUGCUGUUGAAGGCAUCUCUUCUCGUGGUGAACGCAGUGGAUCGUGACCACAGGCCCGUCCUGGUACACUGCUCGGACGGCUGGGACCGCACCCCUCAGAUAGUGGCACUGGCCAAAGUCAUGCUUGACCCAUACUAUCGCACCAUUGAGGGUUUUCAGGUGCUGGUUGAGACCGAAUGGUUGGACUUCGGUCACAAGUUCGCAGACCGUUGUGGUCAUGGAGAGAAUGCAGAGGACUUGAACGAGCGCUGUCCUGUCUUCCUGCAGUGGUUAGACUGUGUGCACCAACUCCAGAGGCAGUUCCCUUGCUCCUUUGAGUUCAACGAAGCCUUUCUGGUGAAGUUAGUACAGCACACUUAUUCAUGUCUGUUUGGAACGUUCCUGUGUAACAGUGGAAAGGAGAGGGAGGACAGACGCAUCCAGGAACGGACCUGCUCCGUUUGGUCUCUCCUCAGAGCCGCCAGCCGCUCCUUCAGAAACAUGCUGUACUCCUCACAUUCAGAGACCGUGCUUCACCCGGUGUGUCAUGUACGCAAUCUGAUGCUAUGGACGGCAGUUUACCUGCCCAGCUCUUCCCCCACAACCCCUUCAGAUGACUCGUGUGCCCCCUACCCUGCGCCUGGUGCCAACUCUGAGGACCAGCCCCUGGACAGGCGUCCGAAGACCCGCUCGUUUGAUAACCUACCCAGCGCUUGUGAAGUCGGAAACCCCUUGACUUCGAAUCGCCGUUCAAGUGACCCCAGUUUAAAUGAGAAAUGGCAGGACCACCGCAGGUCUCUGGAACUCAAAAUUGGGAAUGGGCCUGAUGGUGCUAUAUCUCCAGAUAUAGAGGAGAGAGCCAAUGGGCAAAUGGGGGUGGGGCUUAUGGGAACAUUGCCCAAUGUUUGCACAGAGGAAAGGGAGGAGCUUGGAGAUGUCAGGUUGCCAAAGAUACAGGGGGUUGAUGAGGCGGAGCUGUCCUUGACUGUGGGUGUGGCUAUGGGCCAGAUGGAAAACAUUCUCCAGGAAGCAACAAAGGAAGAGUGCGCACCAGAUAACCGCAGAGAUGCUAAAACAGACCUCACUAAUGAUACCUCUGCUACAAAUGUCGGGAGUUGCAAAAUUGCACAUUCAGUAGAAGUCGAAAGCAACAUCGAUAGCGGUAAUAUUGAGAUGCAGCUAACUGUAAGUGCCCGUGAGAGCAAAGCUGAAAACCUCAGAGACCGAAAGGUCAAUGGACAUUCUUCAGAAGAUGGUAGUUCCGAAGAGUCCUCUGCUCUCAGCCAGGAUACCUCUGGAAGCCAGGACUCUGAGGAACUAGCCAUGGAUGCACUUGAGAAGAUGACCAUACAGGAUCCCAACCCCUCUCAUAACAUGCUUAAUUUAACUUCCAAUGACCUCAGGACUCUCAGUAAUGGCGAUGAUGUACAGAAACCAUCACGGCAGGGUCAGGGACCUACCCUUUUCCCAGAGACAAGGUCUGAGUCUCUUGAGCCAGCCGAGAAACGCCUUUCUCUCUUGGAGAGCUCUACAGAGACACUAACAGAGGACUGGGGUGUCCGACCUGAGAGUUCAGAACCCUCAAUUCCGCCACCUCUUAAAACCCUUGCCGAAUCAUCGUGCCUCAAACAGGGUCUAAAAGCUGAUCCUCAAGGCACUCCCAGAACUUUAAACGACACCCCAAAACGGCCAUCUCUCAGUGCCUUUCCACCCUCUACUGACCUCCUCCACCCAAUAUUUAAUGGUGAGUCCCCAGAACCAGAGCCCACUGCUCCGCAGUGGGCCCGCACAAACGGGGAACAGUCCAUGCUUAGCCGACAAGUGUCACUGGCUAGUUGUGGCUCGCUGACUCUCAAUGCACGGGGCAGCUGCUCCCACCAUCGCUGCCUGCACUUGGGUUUUCUUGGCCGGCCGAGCUUCAGCCCUCCGGAGCCCCCCUCGUCCAGGAGCCACCUGGACGACGAUGGGUUGACCCUACACACUGAUGCCGUGCAGCAGCGCUUGAGGCAGAUCGAGGCAGGUCACCAGCUGGAGGUGGAAGCUUUGAAGAGGCAGGUACAGGAGCUCUGGAGUCGUCUGGAGAGCCACCAGACCACUGGGAUGCUGCGACUCAACGGAGACAUCAGAGAUGAAGUGGCCUCAAUCACAGACUCUGACUUCAACCUGGAGCCCAACAGUCUGUCGCGCUGCAGUACUGAACUGUUCUCUGAGGCCAGCUGGGAGCAGGUGGACAAACAGGACAGUGAGGUGACCCGGUGGUACCCGGACCAUCUGGCUGCCCAGUGCUACGGCUGCGAGAGAGGGUUCUGGUUGGCCACUCGAAAGCACCACUGCAGAGGCAAGGAGCAUAUGGAAGAGAUUUGGAAUUGUGGGAAUGUGUUCUGUGCCAGCUGUUGUGAUCAGAAGAUCCCGGUGCCAAGCCAGCAGUUGUUCGAGCCCAAUCGGGUGUGUAAAUUGUGUUUCAGCAGCCUGCUGACUCCAGCGUCAGCUCUGGAGUUAGAGCUGGACAAACCCAUCACGGCCAGCUCCAACUAAACCCAGAACCAGGUCAAAACGCCCACACACAAAUAACUGCGGAGGACCCUUGGGACAUGUUGAAGAAGGUCCAGAGACUGUUUUCGUGGGGCGUAGUUGCUUAAUUGUAUUUUCCCACCCGGAAGGGAAUCGUGUAUAUAUGGAACGGAGUGGAACAUGCAGAAAGUCGUCCGGAGAGGAUGCUUAGCACUUUCAGUUGGCGUUAGAGGACUGCUAAAUGUAUUUUUGCAAAGGCAGGGUGCGAUUUGUGACUGAAUUAAAAGCUUGAAAGGUUUCUCAAAAGACCAGUGGACAGUGUUUUACUGGCGUUUGUUUUCAAGAGUUUCUUUUGUGUAGGAUUUCCUUUAUCAUCUCGCAAACAUUAGAUUUUCGUUGACAUUCUUGGGAAUGCCACAGGGUGAAUGGUGCUUUUGGGACGAGUACGUAAGAUCUACUAUUUUCAAUAUCUACUUUGUGUCUCUUUCAUUGAGAAAGGUAGUGGAAAUUGUCUUUUUCCUUGACUUUUUCUUCUGUUUUAGACGUUGCACAGGUCGGCAGUCCAUUUGGGGUUGAUUCUGGACACCAAAAAGCGUUUAAACUCACCUGAUUUCCAGAUUAAUUGGAGACUGUUGGUUUGCGACCCCAGAUUAAGGCCUUGGACUUGCUUGAAUAGAACCCUUUGUGCCAUUGGCUAUAUAGUGACAGGAAGUGAUGUUAGCCUGGACCGCUAGAGGGCACUGUUGGCUUUCUGGUGGCGUCUGUGAGAUGCCGUCUGCUUCUGAGACGUUCUCACUCAAGUUUCUUUUUUUUUUUUUGUAACAUAAAUGCGAGACUAAUGAGAUAAUAUAUUAGAAUGUUGUAAGAAUGAGACGUAUAGCAUUUAAGAUGAGAAAUUGUAUAGAAUUCUUGAAUAGUGGCUCACGAAAUUAGUCACCAAAUAUAAGUCGUGUUUGUUUUCCCCAGUUGUAGCCAUUUGGGGUUUGUUUAUUCUUUUUAAUGUAUUUCUUUUUUCCUAAUUUUUCUUCUAGUGAUCGCUGAAAAUAAGUGAAAUGGCAUAUGUAUUGAGAGAGGUAUUGCAUUUGAAAUGCAGCUCUAGGGCCCCAGAAUUGUUUUAUUUAUUUACUCUGACUAUUGAUAUGCCACAGGAUAAUCAGUGUUGAUCAGUGUGUUUGCUGCCUUUGCACUGAAGACAAAUAUCCCCCACAAAAAUUAAAGGGAUAGUUCACCCAAAAAUGAAAAUUCUCCCAUCAUUUACUCACCCUCAUGCCAUCCCUGAUGUGUAUGAUUUUAAUUCUUCAG